ACUUUGUAACGGCAACCGGCGGAACACGCGCGCCACUAACAGUUCGGAAAAACAUAUAGAGGAAUAUCCGAGGAAAGCUCAGGGGAAAACUAUAGCAACACUUUAUUUCGUAUUGCCAAAAAAGAAAGAAAGAAAAUGUAUUACUAGGAUUUACCAGGAGAAGCUGCAUCUCUUCGCAACCCCUACAACUUGUGAGCCGCCCCUCGAAUGUCCUGAACAAGUCAACACAUCUAUUUAGACCAUCCUCCCAGAUCGGAGGCCGUCACCGGGGCCAGACAGCAGCAUUCCGCUCAUCUCACCAUGACAGAAGCCAUCUCCGUCGUCGCCUCCGCCGCCGGUUCAGUUGCUCCUGCUAAGUGGGGCACCGUCACAAGGCAGACGCCCCAAAAAUAGAAGCCCCCAUAGACAGGAGGAGGAGAAAAGGCACAGGGAGAUGCCGCCCAGUACCGUCUUGCAAAUGCCGCCAGCUCCGUCAUCCUCAUCGUCAGCAUCACAAUCCGGCCUGGUGCUGGGCGUCUACUGUGACCAGCUGAUGGCGGCGACGGCGCCGCAUCCGUUGCAGCGAAUAUCCGGAGCAGCAGCGGCCUCCAAAUGGGGGAACAGCAGCAGCCACAAGGAGAAGCAUCUGGUCGAGGGGGCGGUCGUCGCUAUGUCUUCCAAGUGGAUGCCGCCGCCUGUUUUCAUUGUCCUGGCCUCGCUCUUGGAGAUCGCUGUCUUUCUAAGCGUGGGGUUUGAACCACCGGAGGACUCCCUGUUGGUUUAUCGUCCCGACCAGCGCCUCCAAUUGUGGCGGUUCUUUAGCUAUGCCCUGCUCCAUGCCAGCUGGCGGCACUUGGGCUUCAAUGUGCUCACCCAGCUGCUCUUUGGCCUGCCCCUGGAGCUAGUCCACGGAUCUCUGCGUACUGGAAUCAUCUAUAUGGCGGGAGUCUUGGCUGGGUCACUGGGCACCUCGGUGGUGGACUCGGAGGUGUAUCUGGUGGGCGCCAGUGGCGGAGUCUAUGCCCUGCUGGCCGCCCAAUUGGUCAGCAUCUUGCUUAAUUUUGGACAGCUGCGGCAAGGAGUUUUGCAGCUGAUGGCCGUGAUUGUGUUUGUUUUCUGCGAUCUGGGCUAUUCCUUUUACACCCGGCAACUGGAAGUGCAGCAUUUGCAGACACGGCCCUCAGUCUCUUAUAUUGCUCAUAUGACGGGAGCCCUGGCCGGGAUCAGUGUGGGCCUGCUGCUUCUCCGGCAGCUAGAUGGAGGACUGCGUCCACGUCCCCUCCGUUGGCUGGCCCUGGGCGUGUGGUGUCUGUUCAGUGCCUUUGGUGUAGCCUUCAACCUGGUCAACACAGUCACAGCCCAGCUGCUGGCAGAGGAGGAGGGUCAGGUGAUCCGUCAGCACCUGAUGCAUGACCUCGGAAUGGGGUGAGAAGAAGCCCAAGACUGCAAGGCUUUAGUCUAGUCACUAGUCGGUAAGACCUAUCCCCCAGGAAGGACAGUGUGCUCAAAGGAACGUAUAUAACAUAUCGAAUAUAUACUGAUAUCCCUGCUCAAAAUACUCUUAGCCCGUAAGUCCCAACUUGUAUCUUAUGCCAAUGCCAAAGGAGUGCGGAGAAGGAGGAGAGUUGCUCAAAGGCCUUUCAAGAACUGAGCCUGGCUCACAUCAAAGACUUAGGAUCGGGUUUGUGUCGCUAUCUGACCGAAGAUGGACACUCGUCCAUCCGGUUGCCUACUUAGUUGUAAUGCCAAACCAGAGCUUAAAGACAGAUUUAAAUAUAUAUAACUUCAUUAUGAAAAAUAAAAGAGAAGA